AUGAGGGCCACCACCGCUGCGCUCCUUCUCACCGCCGCACACUUGACCUCCGCCAGUCCUCUCCAGCAUGGAACCGUCCGUCCACGACAAGACUUCCCCUCGGAGUUCCAGCCAGGCCCCGAUUCCGGGUACGACGAUCCUACCAUCGACAUCGCCGACCCGUCCUUCGCUACCGCAAUAGCAGCUGGGUAUCAAGGCCCGUUUGCGUCGUAUGAAGAGCACGAGCUUGUCGGACCCGUCGACCUGCUGCGCAACGGACAUGUAAACUUUGGUGUCAAGCCGAACUUCACCAUGCCCUUGUACCAGGGAACUUCAGCAGCAAACACCACAUAUUGGUGGGUCAUCAUCGACUCUUCGGACGAGGGCAACGCCAAACAGCUGGGCCUCAACUUUGCGCCGAAGCUCCGAUUCGCGGCCCAAGGCAUGACCAGCGAUGGUCUCAAAGGUGCUGAACAGCUCGAAGUCGUCAACAACACCGUCUAUGGACGACGAGGCAUGGUCGACUUCUCACCCGUGCGGAACAUCGUCCCGGGUGACGCAUCCCCUUUUCCACCCAAGUCGGUCCAGCCCGGCAGCGUAGGCGACCAAUACUAUACGCCGCUGAUCCAACUUACAAAUGCUGGUUACGAAGUGUAUAAUGCUCCGAUCAUUGCGGGUGACGUGGACGAAGAUUAUCUGAACCAGUUCUGCGACGGCAUCCCGGAUAACAUGUUGGACGAGUUCCGCAGCAAAGUCCACGAUCAAGUGCUUUCGAUCUGCCCUCGCGAUGAAGUCGUCACGCUGGCCACGGUGCGCGGCUUUUCCUUUUCAAAAUCGGUGCUCUACUUGGUCUUUGACGCGUCAGACCCCUUACCCGCCACGCUGGAUGGCGGCACAUACGCGGAGCGCCUGAGAGCCAUCCGCACAGGUGGCGACGACUCUCUUUUCAGCGGCAUCGAGCGCUUCUUCGUCAGCACGAAUGGGUACACCAACCAGGAUCUCCCUCCUGGGGCGCCGAACAACGAGACGCACCAUCCCUGGCGACAGGGUUUGAACAGCGCUAUUCUCGGAGAAGGAAAUCCUUUGAACAUACUCGGAGCGAUUCCAACUGUUGCUUAUGAUUACUCGCCCCUGUGGAACUUCAACCUGUACUCCUGGACAAAUUACAGCAUCGAGAAUGGAAUCCGAACCAGGCUGACCGGAGAAUUCGAGGUGCUGGGAAUGGCGGCUGCCGGCUACGUGACCAACCCGGACGGUUCGCCCCUGAGCGACGCUGGGAUUGUCACCAACUGUCCGAUCGGCCACCGUUUCCUGUAA